AUGGCACGACCUGCGGCGCCGCGCGGGCUGCGUGCGCUGCGUGCUUUGGUAGCCCUGGGACUACUGAGCAAUGCCUGGCAGCUUUGCUUCACCCUUGGCGUCUACAAUCCCCCGAGCCUGGCGGAAGCCCCCGAGAUGCUAACUGCAUCAACGGGGCGGCUGGCAGUACCAUUUCUAGAGGAGGCAGAUCCAGUGGCGACUUUUGCCUUAGGAACCUUUGUUGGGGCCUUGAUGGGUUUCGUCUCCUUGUUCGUGGUCCUGAUGCGCUUCGUUCAGAAUUUGCAGAUGGACAGUCUGGAUGGUGCGAAGUGGGGCUCCUUUGGCGGUUUGGUCAUGCCCUCCUUCUUCUUUCAAGGCGCUCAGGACAUCUUCAGCAAUGUGCGCAAGGGAGCUGCUGAGGCUCAGGAGAAGUUUCAAGAAAGUGGGCGUUUCGAAGACAUUUACCAACACAUUCAGCAAUCCCAAAGGGAGCAGGUGCUUUGUGGCCUGGAUGCCUUGAGGGAGCGUUUCCCCCGAAGCAAGACACGUGAGCGGAUCUUUGAGCGGCUCAAAGCGUCCAUGACACAGAACACCCGCUUCACAGCCUCCAUCUAUGACCUUGCUUUGAGGCUCCAACCACCUGUCCCUGCUGUGAACGACAUUUACAGUGAGCUUUGGCUCCUGGAUGAGAAUCGUUGCACCGCCAGCGGUCGGCAGCCAGGCCAGGGGAAGAGGCCCUGGGUCAACGGCAACGCACAGAUCCUCAUCGAUACACAGGUGCCAGCAUCACGCCUCACCGACGCCAGUAUGGCUCAAAGAGCCCUUUUUGCUUGGGUAGCGCCGGAGGUCCUUGCGAAGCCUACCCUGUUGUACCUGGUGAAGCUCUUUGAUGUCUUCCAGCACCUUGACCAUCAAACAUCCUUCAGCCAAGCUGAAGAGGAUGCAAUUGAUGACUUCAUCAAGAUCGUUUCUCGUACAGCUGUGAUGCGCCGAGCCUUCAGAUAUGCUGUGGAUGUCCUUGGCCUGGAUUUGGAGGAGUCUGAAGGUUUCCAGGAUCGCAGCUGGCAACGGGAAAUCCGUCGGAUUUGGUUCACGCGUGGAGCAUCACCCUGUGCCUUCGAGCAUAUCUUUGUGGGGAAUCUCUCGGAGGACUCAGAUGGGCAUCCAGUGGCUGGAGGCUUACACUGCUGGCUGAAGUUUUACUUGGAAGAGCUACGAGGCACUGCGAAGUACUUGGGCUACUUCUACAAUCGCAAUCCAAAACAGGCCUUAGCAGAUCACCGGUACAUUUCCGGAAAGUUCACCUGGAUGCAUGCAGGCCGCAACCUUGUAAAGGAAGGAGGUGGAUUCUUCGUAGGUGUGUCUCCUGAAUGGCUGCUGGCGAAUGGUACCUUAGCUUACUUGGAGACCAGAGAUCCUGGGAAGGCAGAGUCCUACGGCUGGCAGCGAUGGCUCGGGGCUCGAGACAGAGGCUACACGAAAGAUGUGGUGUAUGAAGGCUUUCGCUACCGCAAGGUGGUUUGCCACAGUGGCCACUCCCUGGUCACCGUUUUUUCAUCCUUUUUGGGAGUGUUUGAAGACGACUCGGACGCUCAUUUGGAUCGGGUCCUCCCCGAGAACGAGCUGGCACAGGAGCUGCCGAAGGUCCUGGUCUCCGAGGGCUUGGCGCACGCGGAGACCUCGGAGCUGUGCGCCGCCAGCGUGCGCUUCUGCGCGCAGCGGCACUGCCACAGCUUGGGGGAAGCGUUGCAGGAGAUCCACGACGUCUUCGGCUUCUCCUUGGAGGCCACCAUGCAGGAGGCCGACGCCGAUCCAGCGCUGCAAGAGGUGGUGCAGGAUGCAGCGGAUGUGUUGGAGCGCUUGGAAGAAGACACGCUGAACAGCCACAGUUUGCCCGUGCUGAUUGAUCAUUUGAAGCAACAAGGUCGCUCUGGAGCACGCUUGCACCGACCCUUGAGGUUGCUGCUCACCGGACACCCCAACGGUGCCCGUGUGGUGGAUCUCUUGCGGCUCUUGGAGUUGGCGGAGGCCGAGUUGACCACGGAGACGGGUUUCAGCCUCAGGGAGCGCUUGACCAUCGCACGGACUUGGGAGAACUGUUUGUACGAUCUGGAGAUGGACUUGAAAGGAUUGUCAGCGGUUAAUGCCGGGAAAGACUUGCCAAGCGUGGAACCGGUUGCGCACUUGAUGAACUUUCGUGAUGCGAUUAUGUCUCUUAUGCUGCAAAGCCUCCUCUUCAAGAAGGCUGUGCUGGACUGGGACCUCAAGAGUGAACGAGCUUAUGCAGAUGGACCAAUGGUCGCAAUGUCUGAGCUUGCAGUGAACAUUUUUUCCAAGACCGAAAGUCUACCCUACAAGUUCCGGCCUCCAGCGCUGCCGACGAUCCGUGGGCCUGGGCCCUUCACCAAGAAGGAAGACAAAGGGCGCGGCACUACCGGUGUCACUUCACUUCAGUGCCAUUUGCUUGCGGUGCUCAGAGAGAUGCAGUUCAUGGGCAAAGGGCUGAGGAACAUGGACUUCGCAGAGAAGGUUCAUGUGUCCGGCGAUGAAACCGGCCAGAACCCUGCGGCUGAAGAGCUGGCACACGAAAUGGCCAAGUGGUCUGAACGUUGCACUCAGCUCGAGCGGGAGCUCACGAGCAACAAGGGUGAACGGGAGAACCAGAUGGAGAGCAAAGUGGAAGAGCUGGAGAAGUCCGUGGCCCUGAAGGAGACGGCAAAUAAGAAGCUGGUGACCAGCAUUCACAAAUUAGAGGGCGAGGUGCAAAGCUUGAGGUACGAGUUCGUGGCUUUGCAGCGCGAGAGAUCUGAGGUGACUGAGCAGAACAACCGGAUUGCGAAGGAGAGCCUGCCAGUGAUCGAAAAGAUGCGAACCCUGGUGGACCGCUCCAAGGAGGCCACGGAGCGGCUGACGAAGGACUCGGCCAUUUGGUCCCGGAGCUUCCGGCGCCAGGUGCAAGAGACAGAACGAAUCCUGGCCGAGAAAGACGACAUCUGCAAGGAGCUUGAAAGGGCAAAGAGGCAGCUACAGACGGAGAAGGAGAAGAAUGACAGCAAAGAGGUGGAGCUCCAAAAGAAAGAAACCUUGUACCUGCGGACAAUGGCUGCAAGGAAGUCAAUCCAGGAUAGCUUCAAUGAACAGCGGGAGCAAAUCGCGGAGGUGGAGCAGUCCAUGGAACAAAUGGAGUUGGAUCGUCAAGAGCUCCUCAAGGUCAUCCAGGGCAAGGAUGGGCACAUCCGGGAGCUUGAAGAAGACCUGCGACGUGCCAAAAAACGCAUCGCAGAGAUGGAGCAGCAGCGUGACAUGGCGCUGCAGGAGUAUACACGAUUGACAGGGAAGAUUCUGGACUUGUCAAGCUUCAAAGUGGUCCCUACGCUUCUGUGA